CCUCUUCUCACCUUUUCUGCUUGCAGUCCGAAAAUUUCUUGCAGUCUUGAUGUGUUGACAGAUCUAAUACCAUCACUUAUUACUGGAAUGCCAAUUGCCUUGACUGAAUACUGUUUGUGGUCAUUGAUUUGGGAAACUGUAACGGUAUAUUUCUUUGUUUUUAAUGUUUCUUCUUCUCCACCAGCUUUUGUAAUGUUGACUGAUACAUCUUGACCUUUAAGUCCUAGUUUUUCAACUGUAUCAAGCUGUAUUUGACGUAUCAAGCUGAUUUGUGCUCCUGAAUCUAACAAUAAAUUUCCUCGAUUGAAGAAACCUCUUGAAUUGGAAAUGUUUACUGUAAUAACUGGAAGGAUUGCUUCUCCGUCAUCAGAUGCGAUGGCAACUCCGACUCCUACUGUGCCGUUUUCCUCUUUGUACAGAAGAUGAUGAUGGAAACCGUUGCAACGUAUACCAUUUUUAACGACUGGACAUUGCUUGCGACGGCUACAGUUGGCGGCUUUGUGAUCUCUUCCAGCUUUUUUCAGGCAGCUAAAACAAACAUGAUUCUCUCUGGCAACUUUGUGACGGUCAUUCACAUUGAGCCCAGCAAACUUUAUACAUUGAUCUGGCCAGUGUGAAGAGUUUCAGCAAAGCCAGCAUUUGUGUCUUGUUAGUAUGUUGCGGUUGCUGCUUUCGCUAGGGACAUGAGUGACGGUACGCUUGUGAACAAAUGUUGAUCUGAUUGGUGCUGUAGCACGCAUACGAGACUUCAUCUCCACUGUCAUCCAUAACAUUAAUGCUUGUAAAGUUGGAACUUUUUUCUCUUGCUCCAGGUAACGUGCCCAUAUUAUUCUGUCAUCAGCACACAUUUUUUGCUCUGUGAUUGAAAGCAUAUGACUAUUGUCAAUAUCACUUGGUAUACCGACUUCCUUCAACGUGUUGUAGCAUCGUUUGACUACGUGCACUAAAUCACAAAAACGGACAUCUUCACCAUCCUGCAGUGGUCUGAAUUUGGUAAUAUCUUGUGUGAUUGCAUCUGAUACAAAACGAGGGUCUCCAUAAAUAGCAUCCAAAUACUCCCAUGCUGCAUCAUAAUCGGAUCCAAUUCCUUUAAUCAAUUCCAAAGGCUUAUCUUUCAAACAGGUACGUAGCAGUGUAAUGGCGUAUCUUUUGGUGUAUCGAGCCUCGAUUGCAUGUUUAAAGUCAGAACGAAAAAUUGCAUAUUCUCUUACAUCACCUGAAAAUGAUGGAAUUUUUUGUCUUUGUCAACACUGCCCUCACUUGUUUCUCCUUGCAUCAUUGACUGCAUAUUUGGAAAUCCAUCAAACGGUUUUGGGUUUCCACUCGGGGGGUUCUCGCGAGAAUUUCUUGAAAAUACUGACGCUGUUUCCGAUACUCCGUCUUCGUCUUCGCUUGAAAUUUCCAUCAAUAUAUCAAUACAUUGCUUUGCCUUAGUUUUAAUUUUCAUAAAUGAGUCCUGGCAUUCCGCUAACCAUCUUUCCUCUACUUCAUAUUCAUCGUCAUCCUCGAUUAGGUUUUUAAACUCCUCGUGUUUUUGCACUAAAAGUUCAAACGCUCCUUUACAUUUAUCCAAAAGUUCUUGUACCUCGUUUACCGGUCUUUCAUUAGCGAUUACGUGAUCUAAAGCUUUCAAGGCUCGAGUAAAAGCUCCUUUCGCAGUUCUUCGGUCGAUUUUACCCCGUUUCAACUGUUCAGCUUCCGCCAUGGUUCCUAUCACUAUUCGCUCGGUUUACAGUUCUCACUUUCUUCGACAAUUUAACAUAAAUCGAAUGUAUGUUUCUUCACAGGACAGACUUUAGAACAAGACACCCAAUCGUAUAAUGAAAAUCUUAUUCGAUCUAAAACAAGUAAAUUAUGAAUAUAAGUAAAUACAAAACGUUUACAGCGGCGAUAAACUGAAUAACUGGAAUGGAGACUGAAUACGAAAAUACAAUAAAAUAAAUUUACUUACUUAUGGUGAUGUCUCGAAAGUGUCUUCGAUAAGCUGGUUUCUGGUUAAAUAUUAUUCCUGGUUAGCAUGCGGUAACGAUCGUGUCCUAUUUUCCAACGUGUGAAUACUACUAACUAAAACUGAUUUUCAUAAGAAUAAAGCACAGCGGGAUAAUACAAAGCAACUUGUCAGCAUAAUAAUAAUGUCCUUUAAGAAUAUAUAAUCAACGAAAAACUCGAAAUUGACAAGACCAUAUUGAUGAAACAGUUUAAAUUCACAAUAUAUAACUGUAGAAUAAAUUAUACAUUGACUAGCAAGAUUUGAAUUUUGGUUGGUAUAUUCACCCGUUUACAGCCCCCCCUCCCCCCACUCCAAAUCUUCAACGUACGCCCCUGACCAUCAGUCUUAGCAAAGCAGCAACGGAAUGGAUUCUGAUUUUACCAGAAGAUUGCUCCGUCCUGUUGCCUUAGGCAAAAUAUUCAUUAAUUUAUUUACAUUUGAGUAACAUCAAUAUUAUAUUCAGGCAACGUAGCAAGAAAGCCUUUGGAUAUAAAACGCCCAGUCUAUAUAUACACAGGUUAAGAAAUACCGGGUGCUACCUCAAUGAUUGAAAGUGUAUUAAAAAUGAAGGAAAAGAGAAAAAUGAAACCGAUGACACAAAUAACACCAGAAUCACAACAGCCCUUCUUUGGAGAUCAGAAUUCCAAAUUGAUGCAAACCACUCCCUAUAAAUAAUAUGCAACCGGAAGAUCCCUUCAAAUAACGAAAAGGCGAAGGGAAUUUCCAGCAGCGCACACAGAAGAAAAUACAAGAUAUACGUAGCAACCGGGAGUUCCCUUUAACCAAAAAAAUUGCCGCGCUCAUGCUACAAACAGACACGCGGACACAUGAAACAUACGUUUCAAGGACAAGCAAACACAAACGUGUACCAAUACAAAAGACAGAUUUGCAAGAUAGACAUUUUUUCGAAGUAGUGUGAAGAAAAUCUUAGAAUGAGGGUAGCAAGACGAAGAAAUCGUUCAAUACUAACUGGGAGGGGAGAACAUGAGGACCCUGUUCCUGAAUUUGAAGUAAAGAAGCUGAUACGAAAAAGACCUCAGCAAAGACAACAAGAACUAAAUAGAGAACAUGGUGGCAAGAAAAAGAAGCCAGCAACGACAAAACUUAAAGGAGGAAGUCAUACUGGCAAGAAAAAAACCCCAGUAAAGAGAAAAAAGGCAAGAGGACAUACUGGCAAGAAAAUAACCUCAGUCAAGAGAAAAAAGGCAAGAGGACAUGCUGGCAAGAAAAUAACCUUAGUAAAGAGAAAAAAGGCAAGCGGACAUACUGUCAAGAGAAAGACUUAAUCCAAGUCAAACAAAGACAAGGUGGAUGAGAAAAAACGAUGCAAAAUUCAACCUAUUACAACUGACCUUCAAGGCAAUUCACAACACUAACUGGCCUACGAUUAAUAAACUCGAGCUGCAAACUUGUAACAGAGUACUGCGAAGUAGUAACGAAACUCGUAUAAGGCCUCCUGUAUAAGGCAUUCACUAAUAGCAUCCUGUAUAAGGCCAUCACUAAUAGCAGAUACUUUGAAGAUGCCGCUGCAAAGUGCUUUAAUGCCUUACCUGGAUCAAUAAAAUCUCAGUCUAGCUUCACGACAUUCUGUUUUAACUUAAAGAAGCAUUUAUUUGACAAAGCAAGCAACAAAUUGGACUAAAAAACAUUAUUUCUUUUUUUUAUAAAUAUGUAACUGUUCUUAACUUUUAAACUUGUAAUUUGACUUUGCUUUUAAUUUUAGAGUUGAAGAGCCACACUUGUAGUGGAUAUGCUUGAUUGUACCAUUAUUAUUAUAAUUAUUAUUAUAAUUAUUAUUAAUUAUAUUAUAUUAUAAUAAUUAUUAUUAUUAACUUCCCGAAUACUGUAAAGAUUGCGAUCCAAAAAGUAUUACUUAGGCUACUUUGGCUACCAAUAACUACAUCCGCGAUGUUUCUGUUGCUUUAAAUGCUUCUCCGUGUUCUCAAAAUUAAAAUUCAUAAGGUAUGGUUCCCCUGAACACAUAUUAAAAAUAUAUAUUGCCCUCUUAACACUGCUUAACAAACUGCUAGUGUAUAAAGGACCCCUUGGAUUUAUGAACUUCUACUGUUACGAACUAAUUUCCUUUUUCUCUUCAAAGUUUGUUGUUAUUAUGGGCGAUACUAAUCUAAAGCAAAUACAUCGAUCACUGAUAACGUCAUUAACGAAACAUAAAAGAAGACGAUAAAGAGGCUUUUUUAAAAAAUUUUUUCUGAUGCAAUAUGGCAAAACCCCUUGAAUGGGAGGGACUGAAUGCAACUGCUUGGCUAUGCCAUCUUUAAAUCCUGCACUGACAAAGUCAACAAAACAUCAAAACGA